CGGUCAGACCAUAACCAAACCCCCAUCUCAAACCACACGGUCCAGGACGAACCUUCGAGACUCUUCUAGACGGCUGGUGCGCUGCAUCGCGUUCGAUCCAUGGCGGCCGAGGGGGGCGGAGGAGGAGGAGGAGGAGGCGGGGAGGGGUUCGAGGAGCGGGUGAAGCGGCUCUUCGGGUCGCGCCUCUUCGGCGACGUCCCGACCUCCUCCUUCCCGGCCGCUUCCUGGUCCGUCGCCGCCGGCGACGUCGAGCGCCAGCGCUGGGCGCGCCCCUCGGAGGCCCGCGACGAGGAGGAGGAGCGCGCCGCGGCCGACCGGGCCGACACGCCGUGCGCCUCCGCGUUCUACGACGCCAACGGGUGCCUCCGCGGCCGGAGGCGGCGGCCCAAGCAGGACUUUGAAGCCGACCCCGACGACGAGGACGAGGAGGAGGAUGAAGGCGGGAGAGGUGUGGACGGGAGGAAGGAGGAGCAGGACGAGGAAGAGGAGGUUAGGGUUUCCAUCGGCCUCGACCCGACUCUGGAUCGGGAGGAAGAGGAGGACAGAUAUGAUAGAGCGGCAUUUGGUAGAGAGGAUGCUGCAGAACGUGUGUACAUGAGUGAAAUCAUGGAUGCCGGGAUUAACAUGAGCAUCAAUACUGUAGUGCCUGAUUUCCUUGAUGACGCCGUUGACGAGAUUUGUGGUUUCUCUAAGGAUCCUCGGGCAGAUCUUGGUGCAGCAUCUGCAAGACUCAGAGAACACAAUGGUUCAGUUAAAGGAGGUCCUCAUUCUCCAACUCGAACUAAGGAGUGCCCUACUGUUGAGACGCAAUCAAUGAAAAAUCAGGACAUCAGUGUGAAGCCUAUACUGAAGAGGAAGGAGGAGCAUGGCGAUUCGAAACCAAGGAAACGUGUCAGGUUUAAUGCUGAUUUGAAAGAUCAAGCAGUGGAGCUUUCUGAACAUGAAGAUUCUCAUAUGGUUCCCCAAUCCAUGGAUGUGGUAACAACAAAGGACAACUCCACUCCAUCUGGGUCACCUGGUGUUCCUGACUACAUUAGGAACCCUUCAAAGUACACCUGCUACACUUUGGACACACCAGAGAGUACUGAUGAGUCUAACAGGAGAGCUCUUGCAGACUUGCACAAUAUGUUAGGCAGAUCAGAUCCCAACAAGUUGCAGCCUGAGACACCUUUUGAGAUUCCUAGUUCACUCACGUUCAUUCCUCGGAAGAAAUCAGUUGAUGCCAUGGUGGUGGAUGAGGGCCCCAAAUCUAGUGAUGCAAACUCAUCUCUUGUUAGUCCGGCAGCAAUAUCUUCUGAUGGAACUGAUCAAUGUGAGAUGGAUGAGGAUGACCCUGAAGCAUCACCGCCACCACCGAUACAGACCAAUUCUAAGAUGAACUCACGUCGUUAUAGAUCAAGUAGAGCAGAUGAUGACUAAACUUCAUGAAUCUGGAGCCCUCUGUCAAUGUAUGUUUAAGAAAGUUUACAACUUUAAGGUUCCCUGACCCGUAUUUAGGGGAUACUUUGGUGUACCUAUGCUUCGGUUUUGUGAUCCGAGCUGACCAGCUGUUGUUAAUUACGAUGUUAUUUACAGUUGUUAAUUCAUGUUUGGAUUUCUUUUACUGGGAGCCACAGUUGAUGAAACUUUAUCAAGUUAUACUGAUAAGCUGA